UCAGUUUUGUGCCAGAGAUAUUUCGGGCUGACGGAUUGCUGGUUCUGGGCGUAAGUCUCAGUUCCGCAGUCUUUUCACUCCGAAUGCACACUCUACGAAGCUCUUGAGAGAGGCAAUUUUUUCGAUGGAGAACAAAUCUCACCAGGACCAUCCAUUGAGACACUUGGGACUGUGCUUAAGUGCGCAGAACACCGAGUACCUGCAAGUGGUCCAGGUGGCACAAGAACGCAAGAAGGCAUGGCGGGAAAGACCAUCAUCAUCGUCUGGUGAGCCUUCUGAUUGGGAAUUGGACCUCAGCAGCCUGGACCUUUUCAGCUGGCUGGUGGACGAGCCUCCAGAGCCAGUGCCUGUGGGGCUCAAGGACCUCCGAAGCCGCAGUGAAGCUUCAGCGCAGCCUCAGUCCGAGACUGGUGAGGCUAUAGAGCAUUUCAGACUCUUCCGCGGCUUAUGGAGGCUUCUGGAGCUUCAGCGUCUACCUGCGGCAAUGGAAGCACUGGUACAAGUGGUGCAAUAUGCUGGGCAACGAAGGUACUGCGUUGAGCUGCUUCAACGAGAAGUUGAGUCUCUCUUGGGCGAGGCUGAAUCCAAGACUUUGCUGGCAAAGAGUUGGGCUAUGUGUCUGGAGGCAGAUGCCGGAAGUGUGGCCGAGGGAUGGGGCAGCAGUGCUUGCAGCACGACAAGCACUGCAGGGCCCACAAGCGCGUUUGAUGGCCCGUUCUGCCAGGAUCCCCCGUGCUUGAGCGACUCAGAUCUCAGCCUCCCAGAUGCGCAACCUGAGUUUGACCCCCAGGAUGCUCAUGCUUGGGAGCUACAAUUUCUUUGUGUGGCAGCUGCUGAAGACUUGUGGCGCGCUCUUCGUUCCCACGAUUUGGAUGGUGCCAUCCAAGUGGUGAAAUCUCUCCGGGAGGAGAUAAUGCAAGCCCCUCCAAGUCCUUUCUUGUGAUAUGCCGUCAGAGAUUGAAUGCGGUGCUUUCCAUUUUUGGCCACAGCUGCAAAUUGGAUGGAUGGACGAAGGGAUGCUAAGGCUCUUUCAGUGAUUUGGGCACUGAGAACAGGAU